AAGAGUUAUACAAUGCAGCCACGUUUUGCCUGCCAUCUGUUAUCGCGACAAAAAUUCUUUGUAUUGAUCGGAGCCGACACAAUAACGACUGAUAUAAGAUUACUCCAUAUAUCAUUUACGUUACUGAUAAGGGAUGUUAUUAAGUUAUAAUUUAAAUAUGGCGAAAUCGGAAGUAGAUGAUUUUUUAAUUUUAUUUCAUUACUCGUUCUUUUUAAAUCUAUCUGUGUUAUUGGUACAUUCUAUCUUCUGUUAUAUAUUAUUAUAAAACCUGAAAUAAUAGGGCAACCAUAUUUGCUGAUAUAUAGAGACAAACAAAACGGAUUAUUCACUUUAUUAAGAUUUUACCAAACAAUAUGGAACAUAUUAAAGGUCAUGCGGAAAUGUAUAUGUUUCUUGUUUUGUACAGAGAAAGAUGUUCAUGAAAGACUUGUUUGUGAUGUGUGUACAAUGCAACAUGAAGAAGUUUUACGUUACUGCUAUGUGUGUGAACAGUAUACAUGCUCCGAAUGCUACACAAUUCACCAAAGAUUCAAUUCAAGCAGAAAUCACAAAACUUCCAGAGGAAAAUGCUUACGGCUGGAUGAAAUUCCGUUGUCGAGAAAGGAUUUAGUUGAGGACAGUUUAAAAGAAGUUAUGGCCUUAUGGCCGUGGCACACGCAUAUAGUAUAUAUGAAAAACGCAAGAACACUUAGAUAUUGUGAUAGUACAAUAAUCGAGAAUAAAAUCCAAGCGUUUAUCACCAACCCCGAAGGUGGAGAGCCCUUUUAUGUUCUUUGGGAAAUAAUGGAUAUAUCACAUCUUACAGACGAUGCACAAAGCGUUCCAAUUUUUAACACAAAGUCGGGCUUUUUGUUUAUUAUCUGUUCAACAAAUGUCAUUUAUUUUAUUAAAGCGCAUGUUCCAUAUUUAGAAAAACUUUUGAAUUUUUCAAAAAUAAUUUCACGUAACUAUGCAGGUAUAAUGUAUCUUUUAAGAGCCUGUUCUACACCUUUUAAAACAAUUACGAUAGAAAAUGUUCAUAAAGAUCUUCUUUGCACUGAAUUCAACAAUAAGAUUGCGGUUUUAGGUCUGGAAAACAAUAAAAAAUUCGGACUUGUCCCAGCCUGGUCCAUAAAUUACUUUUCAUACGAAGGAAAGGUUUUACACAAGUGCUAUUUGAAAAAUUCAAACAAAGGUAUUAUUUUGCAGUCACCUACAUACAUGCGUGCCACCUUCAAUAACACAAUUGUCAUUUGCGAUUCCGUGCAAACAGACAAAUAUGUUAAUGAAUUCGAUACGGAAGGCAAUUUGGUGUUAAAAGUGAAUUUAAAAGAAGAAAUAACGGGAAUGAUUACAAGUGUCACAUCUGAUGAUGAAAACAACAUCUAUGUUUCCAGCAAACACAAAGUAAUCCAAAUAUCAGAAAAUGGCAGGAAAGUUAGACAAAUGUUAACUGUCGCAGAAAGUCUGGAGUACGACCGUAUAUUAGAUAUCUGCUUUUCGGCAAAAACCCGUAAGUUUCACGUGGUCAUGUCGAAAAAAGAUCAUACAGAGCUUCUAAAAAUUAUAUUGGUGUCUUUCAGAUUUAAAGCUUACUAAAUAAUAGUUGCAGUAUUUAUCAUGUCAGUUUCCUUUUACACAUAAAAUGCCGGAAGAGCUAGAGUGAUCGUUUCAUUGGGAUUUUUAUGAAGAUGUGUGCAAGUCCGGAGACAAAAGAUGGAACACCACUCUGAAUUCAUUGUAUUUUAUUUUUCUAAAUUUCUGAUAACACCGUAACAUUGUUUAUUUUAUUAGAGCACUAUUAAUACUAAUAAUAAUAAAGUAGAAGUUAAUUUCGAGAUUUCCAACGUAGAUAACCGCUGAUCUAAUGGAGUAUAUAGUAUAGUUGAUAUAUUGCUUACGUAAUAAGUUAGCACAGAUAGUUCUUGACUUCUUGACUAAUUUUUCAUUGUAUCAUUGCUAUAAUUAUAUUUGAAUUGGUUUUAAUAAUAGGAUUUAGGUCAUUCAUUGACGAUUUGGGUAAUUACAGUGACAGCCCGAUCCCAGCAUCAUAAAUUAUAUUAUAUACAAUAGUUAAAGGGAACCAACUAUUUGUUAGAGCAAGUACUCUUUGUAAAAUGCUAUGUACGAAUUUGGACCAAUCAGAAACAAGUUUUAUAAAUAGCAACAAUCAAAGCUCACGUCUAUUAAAGUAUAAAUAGGUAGAUGGAUGACAGAUUGAUAAAUCUGUAUCCAGCGAUCGAAGAAGACACAUCGAGGAUUCAACUAAUAAUUUAUCCCAGUACCUUGGUGAGGAAGUUAUUGCAACUACACUGUCAGGGCAGAUAAUUUAUUAAAAAGAAAACUUUGAAGAUCAUAGACUAAGGAAAUGUAGUAGAAUUUCAAUAAGGUUUUGAGCUAUAGGGCCAGCGCCGUAAGGACAGUUGAAUGCUAUAAACGAUAGCAAAUAUAGACUGAGCAUCGAAACGUUGAGGCAGAGACAAUGGCUUUGGUGGUCUACAGAGAAAGUAGGAGAGUUCCAGCUUAUAGACGAGGUUCAGCGUUAUUUGUGAAGUACAGCCAUGGCAUCAGGUUUAUACCUAUACGGUAGUUGAAUGCUAUAGGUGAUAGCAUAUAGGCGCUGAGCAUCCAGGAGUCGGGGCAAAUUUAUUGAGUUACAGAUUUAAUCACCAGCUAUACGUUAUAACAAAGGACGUUCUACAUCGUUUGUUAGCUAGUCUAAGACAUAGUCACAUUAUCGAUUAGACCCAUUUCAUUAUUCAAGAUACUGUGAGGCAUGAUGCCUCACGACCUUGUUUUGAUACAAUUGUUUUGCAUUGUUUUUACGGCCUAUCAGUAGUUUUUAUUUUUCAUGUUAAAGUUGACAGGCUAUCUGUCAGCUACUUUUUAAUCAUAGUUCAUUGUUCUGUAACAUUUCCAGACAUUGACUGAUAACCAGUCGCAUUGUUAAAUAGUUGUUUACUUAAUUACAUUUCAAAAUGUUAGAACUGUACUUAUGUCAUGCGUUGUGUCAGUUAGUGAAACUGUAAUUCUAGCUUCCACAGGGAUUUUCUUGUAAAAGUACGCAAAGUCAGCCCAUGUUAUUCAACAGUUCAAUCAACAAUCACCUGCUGUAUUAAAUUAAAUCGAUGUUUUCAUGUAAUGUCCAUUGUUGACUUUGUAAAACUCGAUAAAAGUUUUUGUCAGUUGAAAUUUUGACAGUUGUCAACCAUCUUGGAUUUUUGUACGUAUGCACCGGGUGAUUAAAUCUCUGUUCAGACGGACCGAAAUCGUAUCAUUUCUGUAAAAAUAGUUAAUUUUUAUUGUCAAGUACUUGAUAUUUAAUACUUGGCAUGUAGUGUUGGUUCGUAGCGUUCUAUAUUGUUUUAUUAUUUAUUUUUGUCCGACUUUGUUUGUUUACACUAGUUUAGAGGUUAAGCUCCGCCUUAUUUGCAUAUAAGGAAAUGUUCGUAUCCCGAAUGACGUCAUGGUCGGCCGAAGUAACUCGGUUACGGACCUGUCCGGGUAUUUCCGACUUUGGCCUUAUUUAGACUAAUUUAGAUUUGGUAUUCAUCCUCAUUUGCAUACCAUUGCAUACCAAAAAGUUUAAUUAGUAGAACGCUAGAAUCAUCACAUUGCCUCCGUCUCUCGUAUAGAAAGGCUGUUUGUCAGUUUGUUCCUAGACAUUUUUUUAUUUACACUUCUAAAACCUAUACGAAUUAUUCGAAACUGAAUGGUACUCAUUAUCAUUAAAUUAUACAGUUAUAUUUAUUAGCAGUAUUUGGCUGUUUUUCUCAUAGAAAACUGUAAUUUUAGAGUUGGUUCUCGGUCCGCCUGCUACACGACUUUUGUCUGAUAUUUUCAUUACUGAUUAUUUCAUUCAGUUAUAAUUAAUAGUUAUUGUUGAGGCUUCCCAUAAAUAAAAGUUGUUUGAAG